ACAGUCGCCAGAAUCCAACAAUUCGACCAGAGGGUAGGACCGGCCAUCGCGGCUCCGGCUGGGUCCCGAGAACCAGGGGGUGGCUUCUCCUCCCCCUUUGGGACAAAACUAACUCCCAGGAGCGCCCCCCCUCCGUCCCCGACGACAGGGUCCUGGUGGGACGCAGGCACCUUCGGAGGAGCAGCUGGCAACGGCCUGGAUGGAAGCAAGGCCCGGAGGGAGGAUUGCUUAUGGCUGAUAAGUUAUUCCCCAAGUUUUGUUAGUCAUAUUUGUUUCUCUAUUUGUCCAUCUUAAGACCGUGCAAACCAGGAAGGAGAACAGACUGUUACUUGGACAGGAAACAGCUCUUUGAUAUGCAAACUAAGGGAAAAAAGAGCAAAUGGUUACAGAAUCAUGUAGGUUUGUGGAUUUAACUCAAAAUGGAUUAAAGACAUGAACAUAAGACCUGAAACCAUAAAACUCCUAGAAGAACUUCAACAUAGGUGAACCUGUUAAGAGUCAGUUCUUGGCGGAAAAGCAUUGAGCCAGGAGCCAGACCCACCUCUUCACUAACUGAUCUUGCACAAGUCAUCUUACCUCUCUGGAUCUCAGUUGCCUGAUCUGUAAAAAGGAGAUAAAAAUUCUUUACCUGUUUGAAGAUGAAGUGGAGGACCAUCCUAUUACAAUAUUGUUUUCUCUUGGUUACAUGUAUACUUACUGCUCUUGAAGCUGUGCCUAUAGACAUAGACAAGACAAAAGUAGAAAAUGCUCAACCUGUGGACAGUGCAAAGAUAGAACCACCAGAUACUGGACUUUAUUAUGAUGAAUACCUCAAGCAAGUGAUUGAUGUGCUGGAAACAGAUAAUCAUUUCAGAGAAAAGCUCCAGAAAGCAGACAUAGAGGAAAUAAAGAGUGGUAGGCUAAGCAAAGAACUGGAUUUAGUAAGUCACCAUGUGAGGACAAAACUUGAUGAACUGAAAAGGCAAGAAGUGGCAAGGUUAAGAAUGCUGAUUAAAGCUAAAUUGGAUUCCCUUCAAGAUACAGGCAUAGACCACCAUGCUCUUCUAAAACAAUUUGAUCAUCUAAAUCACCUGAAUCCUGAGAAGUUUGAAUCUACAGAUUUAGAUAUGCUAAUCAAAGCAGCUACAAGUGAUCUGGAACACUAUGAUAAGGCUCGACAUGAAGAAUUUAAAAAAUAUGAAAUGAUGAAGGAACAUGAAAGGAGAGAAUAUUUAAAAACACUGAAUGAAGAAAAGAGAAAAGAAGAAGAAUCUAAAUUUGAAGAAAUGAAGAGAAAGCAUGAACAUCAUCCCAAAGUUAAUCAUCCAGGAAGCAAAGAUCAACUAAAAGAAGUGUGGGAAGAGACUGAUGGAUUGGAUCCUAAUGACUUUGACCCCAAGACAUUUUUCAAAUUACAUGAUGUCAAUAGUGAUGGCUUCCUAGAUGAACAAGAAUUAGAAGCCCUAUUUACUAAAGAGUUGGAGAAAGUAUAUGACCCCAAAAAUGAAGAGGAUGAUAUGAUAGAAAUGGAGGAAGAAAGGCUUAGAAUGAGGGAACAUGUAAUGAAUGAGGUUGAUACUAACAAAGACCGAUUGGUGACUCUAGAAGAGUUUUUGAAAGCUACAGAAAAAAAGGAAUUCUUGGAGCCAGAUAGCUGGGAGACAUUGGAUCAACAACAGUUCUUCACAGAGGAAGAACUGAAGCAAUAUGAAAAUCUUAUCUCCCUACAAGAAACUGAACUUAAGAAAAAGGCAGAUGAGCUUCAGAAACAAAAAGAAGAGCUACAACAUCAGCAUGACCAACUUGAGGCUCAGAAACUGGAAUAUCAUCAGGUUUUACAGCAGAUGGAACAAAAAAAAUUACAACAAGAAAUUUCCCCAUCAGUGCCUGGUGGGGAAUCAAAGAUCCAGCCACGUAUUUAAAGUCCAAAGUCCACCAGAACUUAGAAUAAAAUCGUUACAUCAUCAUGUGUGUCAUCUUUUUACCUCCCUUCCUUUUCCUCUGCUCAAUAAAUAUUUUAAACCAUA